CUGAUUAACUAUAUAAGACCGGGGGCCUAAAAUCGCAUCCGUUGAAUGCCUGGUGCAUCCAGUUUGGACAUCAUCAUUCCUUAUCAGCAUCUCCGAUAAGGACCAUCAACAGAGUAACCGUCGGCCUGUCUGGCUAUUUAUAUUCUUCCUGCUAUCUGCCUUGAAGCUCAAGGAGCUUUAAGACAUUUAUAUUCUGCAUUUGCUUGACCCUGUCCUGGACCCUGCAGGAUCUUUGCCGGACUCAAGUGAAAGUCGCACCCCCUCCUCCGGCUUUUGAGUUUAGUUCCGUGCCGGGAGCCCGAUUUUCAAGUCUCAACGAUGGAUACCCAUCUAAAUCCGGAUGUUAUCGCCAGCUCGCCUCGAUUCCGGCGAAAGUCCAGCACGUUCGUGGACGCUAUUCACGAUCUUCCGGAUAAACCGGAGAUUGCACCGGCACAGCUCUACAGUACAGAGUCUGGCCGUCUGUUCCACUCUGGUCGAAUUGUCAUUAUUACUGUUGGCUUACCCGCCAGAGGCAAAACUCACAUUUCGGUGGCUAUCGCAAGAUAUUUGCGUUGGCUAGGUGUUAAGACCCGCAUAUUCCAUCUUGGAGACUAUCGACGUGCCACAGUUGUCCCUGGACAGGAUCUCCCUGAGGACUAUUUCUUCGUGAAAGCAUCCGCUUCAUCCGUUCUUUUGAGACAAAAAAUUGUCAAAAAGUGCAGAGAUGAUAUAUACCAUUUCCUUAGCGAUGAAAAUGGUCAAGUUGCCAUAUAUGAUGCUGUCAACCCUAUCGCAGCAGGUAGAAGGUCACUCGCAAAGGAGUUUGGUAAAUACGGCAUUCAAACUCUCUUUAUUGAAUCAUGGUGUGACAAUGAGAGGAUAAUUGAGGAGAACGUACAAAGGGUAAAAAUAUCUUCACCCGAUUACAAAGGAUGGGAUCCUAAAGACGCUGUAAAGGAUUACUUAGCGAGAAUUUCGGCCCGUAUACCACAGUUUCAGACUAUGGAAGAAAAGGAUUUGAAUUAUAUUAAGGCUGGAACUUCUCUCGAAGCAGAUUCUUACAAAGCAGAUGCGUCCCUUUCUCCGAAGGGGGAGGAAUAUGCUCAAAAAAUGACCCGACGACUUCUUGAACACCGUGAGGAGGAAAGGCGAGUCGCCUUGGAACAAGGAGAUUUAGAAGCACAAGCACGACCACUUAUUGUAUGGACUUCAACACGGCGCAGGACAAUAGAAACUGCACAAUACCUGCAUAAAAAAGGCUUUAAAACGCGUCACAGGUCGCAAUUGAGCCAGCUAAACCCGGGAGUGUGUGAAAAAAUGUCAGAAAGGCGGAUCCGGGAGGAAUACCCUGAUGAAGUAAAACAGCACGAUGAAGAUCCCUACCAUCAUCGCUACCCUAGGGCUGAGUCGUACCAUGAUCUGGCUGUUCGGCUUGAGCCUAUUAUUCUCGAGUUGGAACGUGAGAGAAACGAUCUCCUUAUCAUCGCGCACGAGAGCGUUCUCCGUGUGCUGUACGGCUAUCUGAUGGCGUGUAACGCAGCCGACAUCCCCUUCUUGUCGUUCCCUCGAGAUGAAAUCAUCGAGAUUAUUCCCGCAAGUUAUAAUAACGAAGCCAAAAGGAUACAUGUCCCAAAUCUUCCGCCAGAAAUAAUCCCCGGUUCUCCUGAAGACAUCAAAAUACCUGUGCCACCUAGUGGCACUGUUUCUCCGAUGCCCGAUGGCUCCAUUGGUGCUCUGACUAGAGGAGGGACUCCACAAAGUGGGCUGAGGACGCCACGCAACCCAGAAAGGAUCUCGCAACUCCACGUUGAGGACGUCGUAUAA